AUUAUGAAAAGAAAUGGAUGAAAAAAGGGGAUCAAAAUAUAUUCCCGAUCGAAUUACUUGAUCGAUCGCGAGAGCUCGAAUAUAUUAGAUAUAUAAAGGACAUAAAUGCUAAAAGUAAAGAGGACAAUCGAGUGAUACCCGGUAUAAUGCUGCGGAAGUGGAUCGAGCCAGAGGCCGUGAUCAAUAUUGAUCCUGACGAGCAGGCCGUUUAUUUGCCAAAGGAAGAAUGGGAAAACAAAAAUGUUAACAAUAAGGAAAGUGAAUCAAUUUUCGAAAAGAGCGUUGUGUCGCCGACUGGAAAGUCGACGGUUCAAUUAUUGCGACAUGCUGCUACCUCAGAAAAUGAUUUGCUAAAUGAUGGAGAAUUCAAAAAGGGUUUGGAAUUGAGUACUGAAUUGGAACAGCAACCGAAUAUAAAUGGAACAUUCGAAAAGCAGAAUAUAACGGAAGUUUAUGAACAACCAUUUAUUCAGAUUUAUGUGAAACCGCUCUGCAAAGGACUUAACUGUUAA